GGAGGAGUGGGCUGGCUUUUGGGAGUCACUCUUGAGAGCGGGGAGAGACUGAGUUCGCACCAGUUCGCCUCUCAGUUUAGACGGAGUCUCUGAAGCGUCCGCACGGCAGGGGAGGUACACUCUGCCAAAACUCAGGAUACCUUCAGACUUUUGGGACAAGCUAAAUCCGCUAGAUGUGAGUGCACGCACCAAGAGCUGUAAUCCCAUUGCUACCGCACCAGAACUGAGGAUUCUACCGGGAUCAGAAAUAGGACAACUUUAUUGCGCGUUUGAAUACUGUCAACUCGCAUCCCCACACAUUUACUUUUCUUUACUUUGCGCAAAUUGAACUGAAACACAUAAUCUUGGUUCGGACGAAUGUUCAAAAUGUCUCCCACAUCACUGAGCAGGUCAAUAAGAUUGAGAAUGUGCUCCGGUCCAGUCAGCCUGCUCCUGACCCUGGUGCUGGUGCAGGGGAUGGUGGCCCAGAAGCUGCCCACUCGAGAUGAGGGCCUCUUCCAGAUGCAGAUCCGUGACAAGGCUGUGUUCCACGACUCGUCCGUCAUGCCCGACGGAGCGGAGAUCAGCGGCUACCUCUUCAGAGACACGCCCAAAAGGUACUACUUUGUGGUGGAGGAGGACAACACACCUCUAUCUGUGACGGUCACGCCCUGUGACGCUCCUCUGGAGUGGAAACUCACCCUUCAGGAGCUACCAGAGGAGGCCAGUGGAGAAGGAUCAGGUAAAGGUGAGCCUGAGCCUUUGGAUCAGCAGAAGCAGCAGGUCACCGCCAACGAAGGCACCGAGCUCUUCACCUACAAAGGCAACGACGUGGAAUCCUUUAUCUCCACAAGCUCGCCAUCCGGUCUCUACCAGCUGGAGAUACUUUCGACGGAGAAGGACAGCAACUUCAAGGUGUACGCCACCACCACUCCAGAGUCGGACCAGCCCUACCCCGAGCUGCCGUACGACCCGCGUGUGGACGUGACGGCACUGGGCCGCACCACCGUCACGCUGGCCUGGAAGCCCACGCCGACAGGCGUGCUGAUGGGUCAGCCGGUGCAGUACUGCGUGGUCAUCAACAAGGAGCACAACUUCAAGAGCCUCUGUGCUGCUGAGGCCAAGAUGAGCGCCGACGACACCUUCAUGGCCGUGCCGAAGCCCGGCCGCGACUUCAGCCCAUUCGACUUCGCCCACUUUGGCUUUGUGCCGUCCGAGAAUGACUUCGGCAAAGACCGCUCGCUGGCCACCAAUCGGGCGCUGGGCGGCAAACUCUCUCGCUCCUAUAACCCCAAGCCCAAGACGUCGGACAUCCUGAAACUGUGCAUCGGCAACAAGAACAUCUUCACCGUGUCCGACCUGAAGCCGGACACGCAGUACUACUUUGACGUGUUUGCGGUGAACAGCGCCACCAACACCAGCACGGCCUAUGUAGGCACGUUCGCCCGCACCAAAGAGGAGGCUCGUCAGAAGACGGUGGAGCUCAAGGACGGCAAGAUGGCCGACGUCUUCAUCAAGCGCAAGGGCACCAAGUUCCUGCGCUUUGCGCCCGUCUCUUCGCACCAGCGCGUCACCCUCUUCGUCCACGCCUGCCUGGACACCGUCCAGGUGCAGGUGCGUCGCGACGGCAAGCUGCUCCUCUCGCAGAACGUUGAAGGCGUCCGGCAGUUCCAGCUCCGCGGCAAGGCUAAGGCCAAGUACCUGAUUCGGGUGCGCGGUAGCCGCAAGGGCGCCUCCACGCUCAAGGUCCUGGCCAGCACGCGGCCCAGCAGCAAGCAGCCCUUCCCGUCGCUGCCCGAGGACACUCGCAUCAAGGCCUUUGACAAGCUCCGCACCUGCUCGUCCGUCACCGUGGCCUGGCUGGGCACGCAGGAGCGCAACAAGUUCUGUGUCUACCGGCGCGAGGUGGCGGAGGGCUACGGCGAGGAGCAGCGUCGGCGCGAGCAGAACCAGUGCGCAGGGCCCGAGACGCGGCGCAAGUCCGAGAAGGUGCUCUGCAAGUACUUCCACAGCCCCAACCUCCAGAAGGCCGUCACCACAGAAACCAUCACGGGCCUGGAGGCCGGCAAGAGCUACCUGCUGGACGUUUACGUGGUGGGCCACAGUGGCCACUCGGUAAAGUACCAGAGCAAACUGGUGAAAACGAGGAAGUACUGUUAGAAAAAGGACUGCACAGAAGAAAUAUAUUAUAUAUAUAUAUUAAAAAAAAGAAGUUUAUUUAACUCUAAGUGAUAUUCUACUAAGGAGUGUAUACAGACUGACUACUCACACAGCUGGCGGGCUUGUGGCCGAGAUGGAACUGCUUUUAGCGAGAGAUACCGACCUGUAUAUUUAUGUUUACAUUGCCAAGUCGAGACGUUUGGCCAGAGCCCGGGGGGGAUUCGCACUGGCACGCUGACGCCGGUUGUGGGGUUGGCUGAGUGUCGAGGAGGAGGAGGAGGAGGAGGAAGGAGGAUCUCUCAUCUCAUGUGUGUUGCUGUCGGUUGCUGCAUGAAUCCUGCGUUUGUCCCUCCCGCCUGUCAGUCCUCUCUGUUGACUCGAGUGUCACGUUGACCCACAGAGAUAGCUGUGUAGGUCCAGCCCUCCCCCACUACACACACACAUACACACACACACACACACACACACACACACACACAAUCCCAUUCUCUCCUCAGCUCUCCCUCUCAUAGCAUAACUCACUACAUGUCUAGGAGAGUUUUUUUUAAAUUAUUUUAUUCUUCCUCCUCUUUGUUCUGUUGUUCUGGUUCAUUUUGUUGCUGUUUUUUUUUAUUUUACUUUUUUCAUUUGCGUUAUUUGAUGGUAAUUAUAAACUGAUAUGAGGACAAUGUAAAUCUAUGACUGGUCGAUGUUGAGACAUUCCUCUCCCCUCUCCCCCGUGUUCCGUUGUAGCGCAGCCCGUGUUCGUGUUGCUCUGGAGCUGCUCUGUAAAAGUGUUCUGUGUUCUACCACUGUGUGUGUUCCAUGUACAGCGUUGUUCUGCCAGUAUCCAUGUACAUAAACACUAAAUAUAGAGACAAGUAAUCCCA